GCGCCCAGAGGUGGGGCCGGAAUCCUGAGCCCUUGUACCAGGGCCACGAAGGGGUCCGGGCAGAGACACGGUGCACAGGGCCUCAGGGUGCGUCUCUGUGCCUGAGCUGAGAUCCCGAGAGGCCUGUGGGUGCCGGGAAGGGGGCGGGCCCAUGCGACGCAGGCCAAGCUCCAACUCUUGCUUCGGGUGGUCCCGAGGCCCCGUCCCGGGAGACCUCCCUGGCCCGCCCAACGUCAGCCCCACUGAGGGCAGAGCCACCCAGGAAGCUGUGGGAAGGCCGAGGGGUGGGCCUUCCUGGGGCGGGGCCACCCAGGCCGUGGUAAGUCCCGCGCUGCCGCAUCCAGCCCAGUCGACCUGCCGGCGCCCCGAGAGCGAGCUCCUCCUGCAGCAUGGCCUCCAGCAGCACCCCCGGCGGCCCACUCCCUCGAGCACCCCGACGAAGGAGGCUCGUGUUGACGGCAAGCCAGAAGGGGGCCCUGCAGGCAUUCUUCCAGAAGAACCCUUACCCCAGCAUCACUGCCAGAGAACACCUGGCCCGAGAGCUGGCCAUCUCCGAGUCUAGAAUCCAGUGCAGAGGAAGCCUGCGCAUGGGUCCAUUGGUGAGGAGAAUGACACCCGUUUCCAGUGUCUUCUUGGUCAGUCAAAGUGCCUCAGCUCCCUACAGGGGACUUCAGCAGGAGCUGCAUCCUCUGCCCAUGCGGAUGACCAAAGAAGAAAUGACUCUUGUCCCCAUGCCGUCUGUUGUAGGUUUCCCUGCAUUUCUCGCUCCUCAGGUCUGGUUCCAAAACCAGAGAACGAGACAGCUAAGGCAGAGCCGCCGACUGGACUCCAGAAUUCCCCAAGGAGAAGGGCCACCGAAUGGAAAGGCACAGCCUCCAGGUCGAGUCCCGAAGGAAGGCAGGAGAAAACGGACAUCCAUUUCUGCAUCCCAAACCAGUAUCCUCCUUCAAGCCUUUGAGGAGGAGCGGUUUCCUGGCAUUGGUAUGAGGGAAAGCCUGGCCAGAAAAACAGGCCUUCCAGAAGCCAGAAUUCAGGUUUGGUUUCAGAACAGAAGAGCUCGGCACCCAGGGCAGAGCCCAAGUGGGCCCGAGAAUGCUUUGGCGGCAAACCACAAACCCAGUCCUCGCGGGACGGUCCCAUUGGACCAAAGCCACCUGUCAAGGGUCCCCAGGAGCUCUCCAAAUCUGGCUCCCUUCGAUCCCUUGGGAAGCAUGCAGACGCAGGCUGCAGGGACACCUCCUGUCUCCUCCGUGGUUGUUGUCCCUCCAGUUUCUUGUGGGGGCUUUGGGCGCCUGAUUCCGGGGGCCAGCCUGGUCACACCAACCUUAGGUGGGCAAGGAGGAAUCGCUGCUGCUCCCAGAGUCCUGGGGAGCCGAUGCUGCCCAGAACUGACUCCAGGAGGGGGCCUCUCACCAGGUCAUGCUGACCUUGGCCUCCCCUCCCCUGGGAGAUGCCAGCAGCCGAAAGAGCACCCCAGCAAGGCGCCCCUGCCCUCGCAAGUUGGCCCGCGGCCUCCGCCUGUUGAUCCUCCUCAACACUGGGGUCAUGCAGGUCCCUCGGGCACCGAUCAGGCCACGCCGAGGAGGGGCCAAAGUUCCCAGGCAGUCAUGGGCACAGCAGGGUCCCAGGAUGGGACAGGGCAGCAGCCCGCCCCCGGGGAGAGCCCCGCUUGGUGGCAACAGCCUCCCCCUCCUGCAGGGCCAUGUGUCCCGCUGCCCCCACAACACCAGCUGUGUGCGGACACCUCCAGUUUCCUACAAGAGCUUUUCUCAGCCGAUGAGAUGGAAGAAGAUGUCCACCCCUUGUGGGUGGGGACUCUGCAGGAGGACGAACCUCCAGGACCCCUGGAAGCACCCCUCAGCGAGGACGAUUUUCACGCUCUGCUGGAAAUGCUACAGGACUCCUUGUGGCCUCAGGCCUAGGAGCAGGGAGGACCUGUCCUCCCCACGCCCAACCCAUUCAUUCAGGCAUCCAGGGGAACAUGGGGCCCUAGCGUGACUCAGAGGAGGGGGAACCCUCAGUUCAGCCAGGGGCCGGACGGAGCCUGAGGCCAGGAGGAGCAGCCAUCAUGCUCCAGGUCUGGACUGUGUUGCCCAGGGACUCGGAUGCAUCUAGGCUGUCAGGGUGGGAAUGGCCUAAGGGGCAAAGCCUGAGGUCUCCCCCGUCAGCCUCCUGUCCCAGGCUACGGCGGGAAUGUCCUGGGGCCUUGGCCUGGCAUCUUGCCCAGAGCACUGCCAACUGUCACCAAGUGGCAGCCAGAGGGGUGGCCACAGCCACUCGGGGCGGUCAGUGUGAGACGGUCCCACUGGGGUGCGUUCCAGAACCUCAGCCGCGUGUGUGCCUUUGUGCAUGUGCAUGUGUUUUCCUUCUGUGGGACCCAUCAGCAGGCCCCUGGACCCUCAAGGGUCCCUGGCUAUUCAGGAAGCAGCAGACGUUAGCGGUCAGCCUGUCACAGGUCUUCCCUCAGCCGGGUCACCUCUCUUCCCUGCCAAGAGUCACCUGAGGAAACCUCAUCCCGGCUGUUCAAGCUCCACGGGGUGACCCAUGGCUACAAUAAACAUCUCUCUG